AUGAUGGAGCUGAUUCUCCUGAAAUUAUAAUUUAAUGGAGCUGUUUCUGGAACUUAAUAUAAAGUUCUGAAUUUGGGCCUGUGGCUCUUAUUAAUGUGGUGGGAUCACUUUUAGAAGGCUAAAGAACUAGAAUUCCCUUUCAGGUCUCCCAGGCAACAAGCCAGGUAACCAAUCAGGGUCUAGGCCUAGGGCAUAAUUGGAGGCAUGCCUAGUAACCAGGGUAAUUGAGAUCAGUGAGGGACAAAAACAAGAAGAGUUAACAGUCAAGAAUGUCUGCCCAACCCACUAACUCUGUGGCAAGCCCGCAGGUACCCCAAUCCCUGGAUGAUGUUAUAAAGAUAGAAGAGGUAUGGUAGAGAUAAAGCUUAAUUGGAAGAACUUUUGAAGGGUUAUCCACAUCUGUUGCCUCAGUAUGGUAAUGGGGAAGUACCCAGAAAAGGGCUUUGUAAGGACUACUCCCUACCCUUGCAAUGGGAUGUUGUAUUCUAUUUGGAAAAAUGCAGUAAUGCGGUGCCUGUGGCAGGAAACAAUGGCCCAGAGGAGGAACCCAUAUGCCAUCUUGAAUAUGCGAGACAUCAUGGAACAGGAGAUGGUACUAGCCAACCAGCAGCUGCUGACUGUUCGUCAGGCUGCCUUAAGUCAGCUAUUUGAGAAGGAACAUCGACAGUACCAACAGGAGCUAAAUCAAAUGGGCAAAUCCUUCUAUGUGGAAAGACUCUGAAGGCAUCAUAGGCAUUGUCCCUUUUUCUCUAACAGUUCAUACUUCCCGGGCUCCCCAAGGCCUAGGAUUUUUUUCCCUAGAAUAUGUCUAGGCUAUUUGCCUAGAGCCAGACGUCCACUUCUCAUCUAUAACCUUUUUUUUGUGUUGGUUUUUGUUUGUUUGUUUGUUUGUUUUUGGUAAUGAUGUAUUAAAAGGCUGAUGAGGCAA